AAACAAUAUACUUGCAGUGCUGUUUCUAUAGAAAUGAGCUGUAUACCACGUAUAGAUCAAACAACAAGUCCUCGGAUAUACAGCUUUCUGGAAAAUGUGGAAAGAGGACUUUAAGCAUGUGGAAAUUUCAAGGGGAAAAGGCAGUUUUACAAAAUGUGGCGUCUGUGUGCUUUUGAAGGAUUUGACUACUGCUUCCACAAAUCCAGACAGAAGAAAAAGACUUGUUCAGAAAAAGACAAAGCACAUUGAGCAGCAACAGAGCCAGACCCAAUGGGACUAUGCCAAACAGGGAAAUCUAUAUUCCUCAUACAAACACCACACUACCCUCAAAGCGUUGAUUGCAGUGACCCUCAAUGGGAGUGCAUGUUUUGUGUCUGAUUUCUAUGAAGGAAGCCUUGAUGAUGAUGCCAUUACUCAAAGAUGUGGGAUCUUAGAUUACAUUGGGCCUGGAGACCUUCUGUUAGUGGAUUAA